AUGGUUGCAUUAGUGUUGUCAUGGAUGUGGACAUGUUGGCGUGGAUGUGGGUGGGCGCUGGGCAUUUUUCGGUGGGCGCUGGGUGGUUUUCGAUGGGCGCUGGGCCGUUUUCGAUGGGCGCUGAGUGUUUUUGGCGUUUUCGGUGGUGCCACGUCGUUGUCUGGAUGGUGGUGGUGCCACAUCGUUGUUGUUGUCCGUUGGUUGACACAUUGUGGUGCACCUGUAUUGGUUGUCAUUGAUGUGAUGCAACAUGGCGUGGUCGUGGUUGCUGGUCAACGUGGUCGUGGUUUCGUGGUUGCCGGUCAACACGAUCGCUGUGGGCAGUGGUGGCGAUGGGUGAUGAGCAUGGUUGGCAGCGAUGGUGGUAGUAGGAAGAAGAGUGGCCGUGUUUGGAAUAGGGGGGGCACUGAUAAGACCUUGGAGUUGUUGGAGCAUGCCAAACCCAAGUGGGAGGAGAUGAUCCAAGUCCUCAAAGCUCGACUGCCCUGCACCCAGGAUUUUCAAAGGGGUCAGUCGACGUCGCCCCCCACUGAUGCAGGUCCACAUUUGCCCGGUGCAGCAGAUGUGAUUCACAUGGUGCCCACUGUCACUGAUGCAGCUCCACAUUCGCCUGGCGCAGCACAUGGGACUGACAUGGCGCCCACCAUUGCUCCAUCAACUCCGGCACCUGCUUCAAAUGCACCCUUGCAGCUACAAUCGCCCAUCACAGCAAAACAGCAAUCAGUGGUGGCUACCACCACUGCUGGAGUUGCACCUGCUGCCCCUUCAAGUCCCACGGCGCCCAACACCGAAGGGGUAGAACUCGUGCCAGUUGAGGUUAGCCCAGGUUCUCCACUUACUGCCAUUGGAUCUCGCCCCACUUCCCUGCAAAGUGGAGAUGAACGAAACACGUCUACUGGGUGCAAAAGGAAGGCUGAUGAAGAGGUCGACGCGGACAUCACCAGGAAGAAACUGGCCAGCAAUCAGAAGAAGGGCCCACCGAGUGCACCUCAGCGCAGACAACCUGCACAUGGUAAGGCUCCCAAUAGCGUCAAUCCAGUGACAGCAGGCCAGUUGAGCAAACUGGACACCAUCAUCGAGGAAGACUUGUAG